AUGAAGAAACAGGUGGUUCUAGGGAUGGCCGCGGCGGCGGCCGCGGCGGGCGAGACGAUGCGGUGGGAGGUGGCGCCGCGGAAGGUGGGGCGCGAGGUGUACGAGUGCGUGCGGUGGGAGGCGGGGCGCGCGGGAGCGCUCUCAGUGCGGGUGCGGCGGACGGACCGGGUGGGGCACGCGGUGGACGAGGCGCGGUUCGGGCCGACGUCGGUGCAGCUCGGGCGGCAACAGCUCGGGCUCGAGGUGUGGGACACGGAGGCGAACGUGCUCGUGCGGGACCGGCGGGUGCCGGCGCACGGGCGCACGGUGCGGUUCUCGGCGAACCCCGCGCAGCAGGUGGACGUGUGCCUCAUCAACGUGUCGCGGGACGCGUCGUGGCGCGCGAUCGACACGGUGGCCGCGGUGGAGGUGGCGGUGCACGCGGACGCGGGCCGGGUGCCGCUCACGGAGGACGACAUGGCGGUGCUCGCAGCCGUGGAGCGCGACACGCGCGCGCAGCAGACUGCGGACGCGGUGUUGGGCUCGGAGCACGUGAGGCGCGACCUCAACGAGAGCACCUACACGUGGGUGGUGGUGCGGCCGGCGAUGCUCGCGCUCAUGCUCCUAGCGGCGUACUGCAUGGCGGUGCCGGCGGCGCUCCUCGUGCUUGCGCGCGGGCAACGGCGGCAAAAGUGUGUAGAAUGA